AUGAACGUCCUGGUUGUGUCCCUUUGCAUCCAGAUCUCUUUGGGCAAAACCGUCGUGUAUCCACGAUUGCUAGAGCCAAGAGAAGAUGGCGGACAAUUCACCCUGCACGUGAGAGAUAACCUUACUCUCAACUUAAAAAAAAGUUCGAUAUUUUCCCCGCACAUAUACCUCGCCGAACACGUUGAAGGGAAGGUAAUCAACUCACUGGUAAAUGGCACCGAGCUUGAAAGAAAUCUCUACCACGAUUCGGAACACGCUUCUUCGCUGCUGGUGGAGAGGAGAGGACGCGAUGUUCAAGUGAGAGGAAUACUAACGAGAGACCUGCGGAUUGAACCGUUGCUUGCCGAGAAACGUUCGAAACAUGGCGAUAUCGCCCACAUGGUAUACCAAGUCGACAUGAAACUUCCGGACGACUACUCCGUUUCGUCUGCCAGCCGGAAAUUAAAGAAACGGAACCUCGAUGAAACAUCAAGAGGCUCAAUCGAAGAUGUAGUUAUGGAAGUCUUCGUCAUAAUGGAUCCAAGCUACAGCAGCCAUUUUUCGUCUUGGAUAUCCGCAGUGCCCUACGUCGCCAUGUUUUUCAAUUGUGUAAACAAUAGAUUUGCAGAGGUGAGUAUUUUUGGGGCCAAAAUCGAGCUUCGAGUCGUCGGCUUUGAGAAGAGCGGCCCUCAGCCCCCUUAUGAAAAGGUUAAUGACGACAAGAUCGAUGGGCCAUUAACCUUCCCGUUACUCGACCGCUACAUUGCUGGAACAUCUACCGUGAAUUCCGCCGAUGUAGUAGUUCUCAUGACAGCAUAUGACCUCCACCUUCCAGAUAAAAACGGCCGCCCGAACUUUGCAGUACAAGGUUUGGCGAGAGUAGGCAAGGCGUGCACAAAAGAAAAGACUGCCAUUGUAGAGGACUUCCCAAAGCUCUUAACGGGUGUCGAGGCAGCUGCCCAUGAAAUCGCUCAUCUGUUUGGUGCUGUGCAUGACGGCCAAGGAUCUGCCGCAUCUUGUCCAGCGAAGUCCGGCCAUAUCAUGACGCCAGCAAUCGGAGAUAUAAGAUUACUCAGCUUUUCUUGGUGCAGUCAAGCUGCCAUGGAGGCGUUCUUUAGUGGCGUAGACUAUCGGUGUCUAGAUGUAUUAUCGAGAAAUAUCAUGUUUGCCAAAAUGACCGAGCUACCGGGAACUAAAGUUGACGGCGUCGCUCUAUGCAAACUCAAGUACCCUCGUUUCAGUAAUGUCAGAGUGGCCACACGACCAAGCGACUCCAUCAAGUGUGUGAUACGGUGUCAAAUGCAGAACCGGAGAAAUACAAUAUACGCUUCUUUGCGCGCUCCUGACGGCACGCCUUGCGUCUAUGAAGGCGAAUCAGAAAAGAUGUGUAUAAACGGUUUAUGUGUACCUAAACCGAAUUAAAAUUAGGCCCACAAGCAACCUACAUGAAAUAACUAAUUAUGCGCCACAAGGUACGAAGAGUUACAAGUCUUUGCGAAUGAAGAUCCCAGGACCUCGAAGAAAACUUAAAGCGUGCUAUCCUUUUCAGUUAGAGGAGCAGAAAGAGUCCUACUGGAUAUUCAAAAUACUCAUAUGUCAAGUUGUGACUCCCAUAAUCUCAAUGCACACGUACCAAAUUCCAU